GCCCCCUCCACCCGGCCAACCUUCAGAAACGGCUGAACGGCAAAAGGAAAAGCACAAAGGGGGAAUUUAAAAAAAAAAAAAAAUGGAAGGGCUAAGAUCUCAUAGGAAGCCCGCCGAAGCAGACGACGUCGUCCCUACCCUGCCUCUUUACCUGUCGGCGCCUGCUCUCCAAGUUCGACUGGAAGAUUUCGAGCUUUAUGCCGUGGAUCGCCUCAGAGUUCUAAAAGAGAUUUCGGAUGGACUAUCGCGUGGAAAGAAGUCUGAUGAAAUGGAAAACUUGGUACGUGAGUUGUGGAAGUUGCAUAUGAGCCAUCCGCAUGCCUCUGAAGUUGUCAACAAGGACAUAAUCUCCCAUUUUGUCCUUCGUUUGGUCUACUGUAGAACGGAAGAGUUGAGAAAAUGGUUUCUUUCCAUGGAGACUUCAUUGUUUCGCUACCGUUUUCGGUCUGAAACUCAUGAAGCCCAGAGGGCACUGAUGGCAGAAUUUCAUCUCCCUUACAAAACUGUGACCAGCGCCGAAUAUGAGAAUGUGAAAGAUAAACUGAGCCAAGUUGCGCGUUCAACUGGUCAAUCCCUGUCAAGUGGUGAUGGUAUAUUCUACAAGGUGCCAUUUGAAGAAGUGCCCGAGCUUGUGGCAGGCCGCCGAGUAUAUAUUCAAAAAGGCCAAGCGUAUGUUGCAAUGAAUCAGGUGGUAUCUCUUGUUGUUACACAGUUUCGCUUUCUUCUUUCGAAGGCACUUGUGUUGACAAACAGAAAAUGGACAACGAUGAUCAGAGAACAAGAAAAAGAUCGUUUGACGCCUCUCGUUGAAUCCUUAUCCUCGAGUUAUUUGGGUCCGGAUUAUAGUCAGCCAAGAGAAUUUACAGAAAUUUCUUUAAAAGAUAUUGACCAAGUGGCUAAGAGUUCUUUUCCCUUGUGCAUGCGUCAUCUGUUUGAGAAGUUGAGAGAGGAUCACCAUCUGAAGCAUGGAGGCAGAAUGCAGUUGGGUUUAUUUCUCAAGGGUGUUGGACUGAAGUUAGACGAUGCUCUUGCAUUCUGGAAAGCAGAAUUCUCAAGAAAAUUUGGUGCUGAAAGAUUUGACAAAGAAUAUGCAUACAGCAUACGCCACAAUUACGGAAAAGAAGGGAAGAGAACAGAUUAUACUCCCUAUUCGUGCCAAAAAAUUAUCUCUUCGAUGCCUGGUGUUGGAGAUCAUCAUGGUUGUCCAUAUCGUCAUUUCAGUGAAGAGAAUUUGAGAGCUGCCCUUGGAAGGAUGGGAGUAGGCAGUCGUGCACUAGAGGAUGUAAUGGAAAAAGUGCGAAAUAAACAUUACCAGUUGGCAUGUACUUUGACAUUUGAGGCUGUUCACGGCACAUCUUAUGUUGCUGGGAUUAAUCAUCCAAACCAGUACUUCAGUGACAGUAAAAAGACCUUAGAGUCGAGGAACAAUGCCAAUACCGCAUAAGAGCUGGAGUAUUGCAUUGUGAAAAUUAGUAAAGCUGUUUUCCAAUCAUCGGUUGGCUUCUUGGACCGAAUGAAUGAUAAAUGUGAUAGAAAGCUUCUUUAGUAGCAUUUUUCCUACAUACAUCAUGUGGUGGAUUUCUGCUUCUGUAUUCUGCACUGGCCUGGGUACUCCCUCAAUUUUGCAUGUUGUACGAGUUGUCAAUCGUCUGAAGCUUUCUUAGUAGCAAAUCUUCUUCUUAUUUUAUAUCACAUAAUCAUCCCUUCAGCAGCACCCAAAUGAACGAACACGUCUCCUUAGUCCCGGCGCAUUGCAGAGCAGAACAGCACUUUUAGUACGAUGAAGAUUGGAAGAUGUGUCUGUUAGCACCAGAGUUUUUCCAAGAGUCAAGGAAUAAAAAAUCUUUUGAAACCGAUGUGCAUAACUGAUAAACCGAUUACUUCUUUGCCCUCCGCUUUUGGGAUUUGUAGGAAGGGAGGUGCGUUAGAGCGUAUGCUAUACUAUUAUUAUCUACGGAAAGGGCAAGUGCUUCGUAGCAGGUUCCUCUUUCCCCCCACAACGGCUCUCACCUAAUUAUUAACCAACCAAAGCGUAAAAGAACAUAUCCAUCCAUCCACUUUUCACUCGCCGCUGCUUCCUGAAUCCUAGGUUGAUGUUACAGGUGGGAUGAGCGAACCUUUUCUUGUCGUCGAAACUCUUGCUGGUAAAAAAGUACCAUUGCGUCAAUUGGACCGACCAACUUGUGAGCGGGGGGCGGGGUUUGGUUGGUUGUUUCAGGUGGACAUCUUUUCCCCUGCUCUCUCUCUACUGUACUUACUAAUGCAUUCUGUUCAUGAAAU